AUGUCCGACACCCAAGGAAAAUCCAUCCACUGCAAAGCCGCCGUCGCCUGGGAAGCCGGCAAAGACCUCAGUAUCGAAGACAUUGAGGUCCUCCCCCCACGCGCCCACGAAGUCCGUAUUCAGGUCUACUACACCGGUGUCUGUCACACGGAUGCUUAUACCCUGAGUGGAAAAGAUCCCGAGGGAGCGUUCCCGAUUGUGUUGGGACAUGAGGGUGCGGGUGUGGUGGAGAGUAUUGGGGAGGGAGUGGAGAAUGUCAAGGUUGGGGAUCAGGUUGUUGCGCUUUACACUCCCGAAUGCAAAGAAUGCAAAUUCUGCAAAUCCGGCAAGACGAACCUUUGCGGCAAAAUCCGCACCACCCAGGGCAAAGGCGUGAUGCCGGACGGUACCUCGCGCUUCAAAUGCAAGGGCAAGGAACUGCUCCACUUCAUGGGGACCAGCACCUUCUCCCAAUACACAGUCGUGGCCGACAUCUCCGUCGUAGCGAUCACGGAUAAAGCACCUAUGGACCGCACUUGCCUCCUAGGCUGCGGUAUCACGACCGGCUACGGCGCUGCUGUCAUCACAGCCGGCCACGGCGGAUUGGAAAAAGGGAGUAACGUCGCCGUCUUCGGCGCCGGCUGUGUCGGCCUCUCCGUCAUCCAGGGAGCGGUCAAGAACGGCGCCGCGAAGAUCAUCGUCGUGGACGUCAACGACGGGAAGAAAGAAUGGAGCACGAAGUUCGGGGCUACGGAUUUCGUCAACCCGGCGAAGGAUUUGAAGGAGGGCGAGACGAUCCAGUCGAGGUUGGUGGAGAUGACGGAUGGGGGUUGUGAUUAUACUUUUGAUUGUACGGGGAAUGUGCAUGUGAUGAGGAGUGCGUUGGAGGCCUGUCAUAAGGGAUGGGGAGAGUCGAUUAUCAUCGGGGUGGCGGCGGCGGGGCAGGAGAUUUCUACACGGCCAUUCCAGCUCGUCACAGGCAGACGAUGGAAGGGCUGCGCUUUCGGCGGCGUCAAGGGCCGCACGCAGCUGCCGGAUUUGGUGCAGGAUUAUAUGGAUGGCAAGUUGAAGGUGGAUGAGUUCAUCACGCACCGCCAGAACUUGGGGGGGGUGAAUCAGGCUUUCACGGAUAUGAAGGCCGGGGAUUGUAUAAGGUGUGUAGUUGAUAUGAGGAAGGUGUAG